GAAGACAAUGACCAUGAUGCACCAAUUCACCAAAACUAACAGUAUAUUAUGGAUUUGAUUUUGGGAAUUAUGUUUCAUUUGGCCUAAUUAUGCUCUCCUAGACCUAGUAAAAACCAUCUCGAGGUAUCACCCAGAGAAAACACAAUAUUCUAAACACAAAUUGGCUUUUAAGUUUUCUUUAAAUUUUUUGUGGGCAUUGAAAAUAGUUUCUACCUUCACCAGAUUUCAGAGUAUGACGAAAACAGACUAAAGCAGGAUGCAGGAAGAAAGGGGUGUGGUGAGCUCCCGGUUCACAUUCCGUGGAGUUGACUACAUAGUCGGCAUGUGGGUGAACGAUGACAACCUACUCACUGUAGAGGUAGAGGAUAGAUUGACAGCGGACCAAUGGAGAGGAUCGUUUGAACCGGCAUAUAUUGAAGACCUUACACACAAAACUGGGAACUACAAACAAUAUUCCAUUUUCUUGAGUAUGUUAGAAUCUGCACUGUUGCAGAACUCUGAAUCUGUGAGCCUGGACCUGCUGACCUAUGCUGACCUCGAGUCACUUCGUAACCGCAAGGCCGGUCUUGGUACCCGUGCUAUCCCUGGAGGUCAGAGGUCUGCCCUCAACACCAAACGUUAUCUCAUUGUCACCUACACUGUGGAAUUUGAUAGGAUCCACUAUCCCCUACCCCUGCCCUACCAAGGCAAACCAGAUCCUGUGGCCCUGCAGGACACUGUCAGGGAGUUACGCAAGGAAGUCAAACUGCUCGAAUCACACGUAGGUCAAAAGCUGUUCAAAUUGGGCUUAAUCUAUUCCAUUGCUCACCAGGACACCAAACUUCAUUCAGAUCGCAAAUCUUCAGAGCUUGUUAAGCUGACCAAAGACUAUGAGAAUCUGUUAUUAGAGAAGCAAGAAAUAGAGGAUGCCUUUCUCCGGUACCGAAGAGAGGUGAAGAACACAGCUACCGGUAGCGCAGCCAAGGAGGUACGCAUCCUCAAGACCGCCAUCCAGAAUCUCGAGGAGGAACUGGGCAAUGAGAGAAGGAAAUACCAGAGGUCGUCCAGCAAGAGAAGCCAGAACUACAGGGAACUGCUGGAGGAGGUGGAAGAACUGAGAGCCAGCGAGAGGAAUCUCAAAGUACGAGUCAAGAGUCUUACUAACGAGCUAAGCAUCCUGAGAAGAAAUCCAUCGAGGCGGAGUACCCGUUCUCCGAUGGUCCCCACCCCUGUAUCUCAGCGUCAGUCCAGGCCUGCUGCUAGGAGACCACCGUCAGCCGACAUAGCGAGGUCCAGGCCCCGCUCAAGAGUAGAAACAAGCAGCAGAGAGAGGUCGCUGUCCAGGGGUCGGAGGUCAAGCCUGUCAUCAGUUGGGAGUAGAAAUCGAAGCGUCUCACCCGCAGGUGCCAGAGCACCCAGGUUUGAUCCCACUGCUUACACCCUUGAGAAGAAACGCAGGGAAGAAGAAUCCAAAUUAAAAAGUGCCAGGUUACAGAACAGUGGAGUUCGGUCUGGUGGCAAGUCAAGGUUAACAAGUUCAGGGGAGAGAGGCAGAACUAGGAAACGGCUCUCCGAUGGGUACAGAGGGUUCCGUUCCAGGAGUUCAUCUGCUGGAAGCGUUGGAAGUAGGAGAUCCUCUGCAGGAGGAGUCAGUGAUGUAGAGGUGCUCUCCGAUGCCUCAGAAGGAAGGAGAAGGAGAUUACGUGAAGUGAUGAAGCCAGGCAAAACAUCUUCCUCAAAAGCAUGGGCAAGUCCAAAUGUGCCAUUCAGAAGGAAAACUGGAGGUGCGCCUAAAAGAUUAAUGAGUACCCCUGAUCCAGACUACACAUCAAGGAGAGGGUCUGGUGGCAAGACUAGAAGCAGACCACUCUCUGAAUACAAUGGCCAAGAUCGGAGCGCUGCCCUGUACAGUGAGGCCAACGAGAUGUCCGAGAUAGAUGCAAGACUCAGCGCCCUGCAGCAUUUUAUGAAACACAAUUUGUAAAAGACUGUCGGCAAGUUGGAAGAAUAUGGAAGCAUUAGAAUGUGGGAAUUACCGCCACUAAAUGUCACAGACCUGAAGAAAUAUGCGGUGAUCUUCUAUUUUGUGGCUGGAGGCAACUUUCUAAAGGCCAUUUGCCUGGGAUCCACGUACUGUGUACAGAUUCGACAGGUAUUCAACAAACGAAAUAAACAGAAAGGAACUUUAAUUGAUUGCCACCUGGUUAGUGAAUGAACUAUCUACCACCUCUGAUCUGCUUAUUGCCCACUCCAGAGAAGAAAAAUAAAUACUACCUGCAUUUAAUUUUGCAAUUCGCAAUUUGCAAAAAUCAAGUUAUAAUCAAAUCAAAUUAACAAACUUGUUUUAGUAUUUGCAGUUAAUUUUCAAGGGCUUUUAUCACAGUUAUAGAACCAAUGCAUGAAAAGUAUAUAUGAAAAUCAUUUCUGACUCGAGGUUCUUUCUUGUUCUAUUAAUAAAGAGACGUCGGAAGGUCAGUUUAGGCUUUUGUGUACGAGUUGUUGGAUUUCUUGUCUAAUACCAGAGCUGGCACCUCCAGUUAUUUCAAGCCUUCCAUCAAUAUUCAUGUUUUAUCAUGCUUUUAAGUUUUAAUUGACAAAUGUCAUCACCCAGGAAAUAAUGGUACUUUUUUCCAACUGCUAGGUUCAAUGAUACAUCUAGAGCUCCGUUAAUACUCGAUCAUAGGAAUUUAUCUUUCUUUCACCCUAAUGAAGACUCAAGAAUUUGUUUUCUCUCUUCCUCUCUAUCUCUCUCAAUCUCUCUGUCUCUCCCAUUACUUUAAAAAAAGGUCUUGAAAGCUAGUCAGUCGUAUUUCAUAAUUUUGUAGAAGCUCAUGGUCAAGGAUUUUCAAGAUAUUUCUUUUACUCAAUUUUAUAGGAUUUCACAAAAUUUAUACUUCCAUAAUUUUGAAUGAGUUGUAAAAAGCAAAUAAACCAGCCGGGCUAUAUGGAUAAAUGUUAUCUACUCCAGCUUUGCCCAAAUAAGGAUCCCUUUAAAUGAGGAAGUGCCAAACUUGAAAUUUUGUAUUCCACUUUCUAGACCGUUACCUUAUGUAGCGUAGCAGCGUACUGUAAGGCAUACUUAUGUUGGCAAUUCAAUCUAUGAUUAAUGAAACAGCAUUCUUUUUUUGUGUCUGUGUGUGUCGGAGAAGAAACUUCAAAGUACAGAAUAACAAAAUAGAUUAUCAAUAUACCCAGUAACAUUGCAUUUAGAACAAGACCUUGUAUUGUGAUGAAAUAUUGUAAGAGAAUCCUUACGUGUUUUUUCAAAAAUGAACUCUGAUUACACGUAAUUACCAGCCAUGAAAUGAAAGUUGCCAUGUUACAUGAAAUAUUUUAUUUGUACAUAUCAAAUGUAUAUAUUUGUAAAUGGACAUUUUAUACAAAACAAUUUCAUAAGCUUGAUGUGAACUUGUGAAUAGUGUACAGCAAUUUUUGUUAAUAAAAUUGGAGGAAGAACCCUCAGCUUAUGUAA